AUGGUCCUCCUGGGCGGUGUCGGCGAGGCCGCACUCAUGAAAUUGUUGGGAGGCAAGGCCUUGAGCCUGAUUGGAACUCAUCUCGCCCAUACCGCACCUGCCUUCGCAGCCAAGAUCAGGUUUUUUGCUGUCAACAACACGCUCGCAACAGCAAGCGCCGCGCCGUCUCUAAGCGUUGUAAUCCACGUCCUCAAGGAUGGCGGCACCGGCGUCUUCAAGACCGGCCGGGCUUACAACCGGAGCUCGAUACAGCACGGCGGGCGGGGAGCCAUCCGGUACUACCGCGCCCUGGGCCACGUCGACAAGGCCGGCAGCCUCAAGACCGAGUUCUACCAGGCCGAGUGGUGCCAGAAUGCCGACUGUCCCGCCACGUGCCACGAAUUUCAGGGGCUCCUCGGCGAGGCCAUUGUUGACAAGCCCCCGUGCCACAACUGCGGCCAUCCCGCGUAUUAGCAUCGGGCCCCCAACACAGUCAACACCGACUCGAUCCUGCGGGCCAUGGUCCGCAAAAUCUAUCCUCUCCUCCAGCACCGCUCUGCCAAGGGAAAGCACAAGACGGACGUCUAGGCGACCGAGUACUGCGCGCACCCGGACUGCCGCUGCUUCGACUUCAAUCUCGCUGGCAACGGGAGAUGCGUCUGCGGCCACAAGAUGUCGGGCUUCCCGAUCAGCAGCGGCCGGCACAAGACGUCUGACCAGAUUCUCCUGCACGAAUGGAGGCAUCAUCUACAGAAUCGUGCUGCUGGCAGAGCUGAACUCGGAAGAAUCCCAAGACAUAAAGCCUGAGCUUGAACCCGUGGUCCGGUUGGUCGCCGGUUGGGUUGGAAGUCGUCCGCUGUGGGAUUUCUUUCUGUACCUUGGAGAGUUAUUGAGCGAGAGUAAUUAGGUGGUACUAGGUAGGACUAGGUAACAAACGAUUACACAGAAUUCCAGGCAUUUGGUAAUGGUUCGUUUUCGUAUAGGUAGUUAUACCAUUAAUAGUUUUUGAAAAGAAAGAGUUGCUUGACUAAGACUCGGCAGUACUCAACAUAUGUAAUAGCCUGAGGCUGCUGAAUCGGGCAGCUAAGACAAGACGGUGAAGAAAGAAAGCAU